UGUACAUGUUGUGCAUUUAAGUAUACAUAUUUGUUAUUGCAGAGAAUAUUUCAAAUUCGAAUUGUACAUAAUCUUAACCAUUUUUCGCAAUAAUAUAAAUGUGUUAAAGUAUAAUUUGGUAAUGGAGAUCAAUUAAAUUGGUAUUUGGAUUGAAGUUAAGAUACAUUUCAGUAAAAUGAGCCAACAAUAUGCUUGUAUAAAUUGUAAAAAUCCGGUACAUCAUUUAUAUCAAAAGUAUCCUAAUCUCACCAAACUAGCAAAGUGUGAUAAAUGCCAUGAGAUCGUUGAUAAGUAUAUAGAAUUUCAUCAUUUGAUUGCUCUAGUGGAUGUAAUUUUGCUAUCUAAUAAAGCAUAUCGACACAUAAUUUAUAAUGCGGAGUUUAAAAUGCAUUGGAAGCUGUAUCUUAUAUUGCUUUUACUAGAAUCAUUUGCCCUUUGGCGGCAAAAACUGGAAAAAUUUGCGACGAAAUCCCUUCAGGUUGGAGAAUUAAAUGUGCCAGAAGAUUUUUUUCAAGAAAAAGGAUUUUAUAUGUGUUGUUUGGAAAACUUGAUCGACAGUGUAGUUUUGUUCAUAAUUCUAGCAGGUUUAUCUAAAAUUAUACGUGCAUCAAGCAAGAGAAAAAGCAAUUUUCUUUCUUACUUAAUAAAAGCAGUGAUUUUGGGAAAUUUUUCUAAAAUAUUUUUGCUGCCGAUUUUAGUUUGGAGGGAUAACACCACUGAGUUAGAUUCCAAUUUUCAUUAUUUUGUAGUGAAAUUUUAUUAUGUAUUUUCAUGUUCAAAUGUUUACUCAUCAAUUACAAAUUUAAACUUAUAUAAAUCUAGCGCUGUAGUUGUUUUGGCGUUUUUCAUAAAAAAAUAUUUUAUGGUACUGUUCAAUUUUCUUUAAACUCGAUGCAGCAGAAACUUUGCAAAUUUGGUGAUUGUUUAAAAAAAAGAAAAAUCAUAUAAUAGGACACAAGACCAUGUAAUUUUGACGAAAAUUAUGAAUGUCUAUUGUAAGUAAAGUUCGGAAAAUUAGUGAAUAAUUUCAGUUUUUCAUAUUAUGAACAACUAAGUAUUUUUUUUAAGUAAAGUUAAGCAUUAUUUAUUUAUAAGAAAAAGAAAAUUGAAAAGUUUUGUAAAUAAAAAACAGCUCUAAGAAACGAGUUUGGCUUCAACAAAUUUAUGUUUUUGCGACUUUUCUGUAUUUCACUGAGUUUCAGAAUUAACUUAUUCAGAGGUUGCAUCUAUAAUUUGUAUGGAAAUAUUAGCUGAACACAAAUAUCUAUGGUGUAAAUUGUAUGUAUGUCCUAAAAACUAUGUGAAACUGUUAUUUUAAUAUUAACACCAAAAUUUGGAGAAACCAGUAAUAUACAAAUUUUUAUUAAUUUUUUUUUUUUAAAUAUAGAAAUUAAAAAUACACAUUACCUA